UAAGCAGAGAUGGGGUGGGUUGGGUAGGCCUAAAGACGGCUUGUGAUUAGCUGGACGGAAAGCUAAAUCAGUGAUGGCCCUUUCUAUUAAUUUGAACGCAGCAGUCUGCAUCAAUUCGUUCUCAUUAAUCGUCCCGUCUAUAUAACUACAUACCAGCAUAAAUUUCUAAACCAUACUCACAAUAAUCAUCUAUCCUUAUCUAAUUUUCUUAUCACUACUCCAAACUUAUGGGUUCUUUAAGAAUUUCUCUUGUGUUCCUUUGCUUCUACAGUCUUGCAUUUUGCCUCUCAGUUUCAGGACGACCAGCUACCUUUCUUCAAGACUUUAAAGUCACAUGGUCCGAGUCCCAUAUCAGGCUAAGUGAUGCAGGGAUGGCCAUCCAACUGGUUCUGGACCAAGACUCAGGAUGUGGGUUUGCUUCCAAAAGGCAGUAUUUGUUUGGGCGUGUAAGCAUGAAGAUCAAACUUAUAACUGGAGACUCAGCUGGAACUGUCACAGCAUUUUAUUUGAAUUCUGACACGGAUACCGUAAGAGACGAGUUGGAUUUUGAGUUCUUGGGGAAUCGAACUGGUCAGCCAUACACAGUUCAAACCAAUAUCUAUGCUCAUGGGAAAGGUGACAGGGAACAAAGAGUCAACCUCUGGUUUAAUCCAGCAGCUGAUUUCCACACUUACUCUAUUCUCUGGAACCAUCACCAUAUAGUGUUCUAUGUGGAUGAUGUGCCAAUAAGGGUUUACAAGAACAGCGGCAGGGUCCCAUUUCCCACGAACCAACCGAUGGGAGUGUACUCAACACUGUGGGAAGCCGACGAUUGGGCAACAAGAGGAGGCCUGGAGAAAAUUGAUUGGAGCAAGGCUCCAUUUUAUACAUUCUACAGAGACUUUGACAUUGAAGGGUGCCCGGUUCCAGGACCAACAAACUGUGCCUCAAACCCCAGAAACUGGUGGGAAGCAACAAGUUAUCAAGCCCUCAACGCCAUUGAAGCAAGAAAAUACAGAUGGGUUCGUAUGAACCACAUGAUUUAUGAUUACUGCACCGAUAAAUCAAGAUACCCAGUUGCCCCAGCCGAAUGCAUAGUCGGCAUAUAAUUCUACUGAAACAAAUCAAUCAGUUGCAACAUACACGUUCAUACAUAGUUCAUCCUGUCCUUGCAUACUAUUUUGUGGUAUAAUAGCCAUGGGUAAAAAGGAGAAUAGAGUAAACUCUUGGUGCAUGUAAGAGUAAAUCUGGGAUUCUAGGGAAUUAAGUCACUUUCCAUACUUUGUACAAUAUUUGUCUGUAUCUAUUGUGCAGCAUUCCGUGCCAAUAUGCCAGUCUUUUGUUGUGAAAAAGGAGUCGGCCAACUUUAAUUUACAUACCCAGUUUUCAAAAGUGAAGAAGAAAAAAGUCAUCUUGCUGUUCUUAA